AUGACGUCACUUUACGGCUACCCUUCCGCUGAACAUCAAAUCCCUAAGAAACUAAAGAUCCUCGAGCUCAGAAACAACUUGAACUCAAUCAAAGGUCACGUCGCUAUACGUUACUUUGGAUGGAUAAUGAUAACGAUUAUCUUCCAAGUUUCCAUCGUAGUCUUCCUCAGUCGUGCUGCCCCGCAGCUGCCGCCACUGGUAUCCACCCAACAUUUCAAGCUGCCUCCCGCCGAAGAAUGCAAGUCGGGUAGGGUUUAUGUAUACAAUCUUUCACCUGUGUUCAACAAAUGGUUUUUGGAUAAUUGCCAUGAUAUAGACCCCUGGAGUUCACGAUGCAAUGCGGUUUCAAACAGUGGUUUUGGCCCGAAAGCCACCGGACUAGAAGUAGUAGUGCCGGAAAAUCUAGCUCCGGCUUGGUUUUGGACAGAUAUGUAUGCGGCAGAGGUCAUAUAUCAUCAUCGGAUGUUGAACUAUAGCUGCAGAACACUGGAACCUAAACUAGCCACGGCGUUCUACAUACCAUUUUACGCAGGCCUUGCAGUCGGAAAAUUUUUGUGGUACAAUUAUACUGCCAAGGACCGUGAUCGGCAUGGCGAGAUGGUGAUGAGAUGGGUUCAGGAUCAACCUUAUUGGCCGAGAAGCAAUGGUUCGGAUCAUUUCAUCAUGUUAGGCCGAUUGACAUGGGAUUUUCGACGUUUAACUGAUAGCGACACUGAAUGGGGAUCGAAAUUUAUUUAUAUGCCUUCGAUGAAAAAUGUAAUGCGCCUUGCGGUUGAGCGAAGCCCCUGGGAUGAUUUGGAGGUUAGUGUACCUUAUCCCACUGCAUUCCACCCUCGUUCCAAUUCAGAACUGGUCCAAUGGCAAAGUUUUAUCAGUGCUCGAAAGCGUACAAGCCUCUUUUGUUUUGUUGGUGCGACGAGGAAGAAGAUCAAGAAUGAUUUCAGAGGAUUGUUGAUGAGUUACUGCAAGAACGAGUCUGACUCGUGCCGAGUUGUUGAUUGUGCUGCGACUCAUUGCUAUGAUGGUGCCCCGGCAAUUCUGGAAGCGUUUUUAGAGUCGUACUUCUGUUUGCAGCCGAAAGGCGAUGGCUUCACGAGACGCUCCUUCUUUGAUUGCAUGCUAGCCGGUUCAAUCCCAGUUUAUUUCUGGAAGGGAAGCUUUAUGAAUCAAUACCGGUGGCACUUGCCAGGUGCCUACGAGAGUUACUCGGUAUUUAUAGACCAUACUGAUGUGAGAAAUGGUAGUUCUAUAAGAAAAGUACUAGAGAGGUAUAGUGAAAAAGAAGUGAGAAGCAUGAGAGAGAGAAUAAUAGAGCUUGUCCCAAAGUUUGUAUAUUCAUGGUCAACUCAGGAUUUAGGGAAUACUAAAGAUGCUUUUGAUAUUGCCAUUGAUGGUGUUUUGCGGACGUUCAAGGAGCAAAGCGAGCGACCAUAA